CAUCCGCGCCGGGGGACGGGGCGGGGGAUCGGGCGGGCGGAUCGGGCAUCCGCCGGUGCCCCGCAGGAGCGGGGAUGCCGGGGGCGAGGAGGCUCCUCUGCAGCCGGAGCUGCCGGCAGGGCCGGGCCGGGCCGGGCGAGCGGUGGCCGGUGGCCGCCGCAGCGCUGCGGGAGCGCCGCUUAUUUUCGCAUCUCGCGUGAGAUGCAGCAAUUGCCUAAAAAAUCAAAGCAGAGCGACAGCGAUUGCGAUCGGGGAGAAGAAGCCGCGUUUCUCCUGAACCUCCAGGUUGUGAACGACGCCUGGAGCCCGGGACGGUGGAGCAGGCGGUUGGUCGGUGGGGAUGUGCCCAUGCCCUCGCUGACCCGCCCGCCGCCAUGGGAGGAUGCUUCUCAAAGCCCAAACCAGUUGAAGUGAAAAUCGAAGUUGUGAUACCUGAGAAGGAGAGAAGCAAGGAGGAGAUGUCACCCAAUGGGAAAGCCAGCCCCCUGAUCUACAAAGUCAACGGGACUGCCCGGCAUUAUCACCUUGAGGAGCAUCCCAUUGCCAGCAAUCCCUACCACAACCCAAAGGACGUGGUGGAAGCAUCCGUGUGCCAUGUGAAGGACCUGGAGAAUGGGCAGAUGCGGGAAGUGGACCUGGGCUGCGGGAAGGCUCUGCUGAUCAAGGAGGGUGGCGAGUUCCACGCCGUGGGACAUAAGUGCCCCCACUAUGGGGCCCCACUGGUCAAAGGGGUUUUGUCCAAAGGAAGAGUCCGCUGUCCCUGGCAUGGAGCUUGCUUCAACAUCAGCACAGGCGACAUAGAGGACUUUCCUGGCUUGGACAGCUUACCCAGGUUCCAGGUGAAGAUCGAGAAGGAGAAGGUGUACAUCCGAGCAAGCAAGCAGGCUCUUCAGAUACAGAGGAGGACAAAGAUGAUGGCAAAGUGCAUCUCCUUGAGUAACUAUAACCUGAGCAGUACCAACGUGCUGAUCAUCGGUGCAGGGGCUGCUGGACUGGUCUGUGCAGAGACCUUGCGCCAGGAGGGCUUCUCAGACAGGAUUGUGAUGUGCACAAUGGACAGACACUUGCCCUACGACAGACCAAAGCUCAGUAAGUCGAUGGAUUCCCACCCAGAGCAGAUCGCGCUGCGCCCCAAGGAGUUCUUCCGCACGUAUGACAUCGAAGUCCUGACCGAAAUGCAGGUUGCAGCUAUGGAUAUCAAGAACAAGACAGCUGUGUUCAAGGAUGGAUUUAAGAUGGAAUACAACAAGCUGCUGAUAGCAACUGGAAACACGCCCAAAGCUCUCAGCUGCAAAGGCAAGGAGGUGGAAAAUGUUUUCAACAUCCGGACGCCCGAAGAUGCCAACCGUGUGGUGAAGCUGGCCACGAGCAAGAACGUGGUUGUCGUGGGAGCAUCUUUCCUGGGGAUGGAGGUGGCCGCCUACCUCACGGAGAGGGCCCACUCGGUGUCUGUGGUGGAGCUGGAGGAAGUGCCCUUCAAGAAGUUCUUCGGGGAGAGGGUUGGCCGUGCUGUCAUGAAGAUGUUUGAGAGCAACAGGGUGAAGUUCUACAUGCAGACCGAGGUGUCGGAGCUGCGGGAGCAGGAGGGCAAGCUGAAGGAGGUUGUGCUGAAGAGCGGGAAGGUCCUGCGCGCCGACGUCUGCGUGGUCGGUGUGGGCGCGGUCCCGGCGACGGGCUUUCUGAAGCAGAGCGGCAUCAACAUCGACUCCAAAGGUUUCAUCGUGGUCAACAAGAUGAUGCAAACCAACAUCCCUGGAGUCUUCGCAGCUGGUGAUGCUGUCACGUUCCCACUGGCCUUGAGGAAUAAUAAGAAGGUGAACGUCCCUCACUGGCAGAUGGCCCAUAUGCAUGGCCGUGUAGCUGCGCUGAACAUGCUGGCCCAUGGUGUGGAGAUCAGCACAGUCCCGUAUCUGUGGACUGCUAUGUUUGGGAAGAGCAUCCGAUACGCAGGCCAUGGGGAAGGGUUCGAUGACGUUGUCAUUCAGGGAGAUUUAGAUGAACUGAAGUUUGUGGCAUUUUAUACCAAGAGGAGCUCCUGGAGGUGGGUUUUGGGCACCAGGACAGCAUCCUGCACCGAGAGCUGGAGGAGUGACGAGGUGGUGGCUGUGGCCAGCAUGAACUACGACCCUAUCGUGUCCAAGGUGGCUGAGGUCCUGGCUGCCGGCAGGACCAUCCGAAAGCGCGAUGUGGAGCUGUUUGUCCGUCAUGGCAAAACUGGAGAUAUGUCCUGGCUAACGGGGAAAGGCUCCUAACGCUGGCCACGUCUGCGCCCUCCUGACCCCGUGCUCCGUGCGGGGCGCGGAUGGCAGCACAACACGCAGGGACACUGCAGCUGAGUCAUUUCCCUCUGAGACCUGGAUGAGCCCAACAGCUGUCGCUGCAGACUUACCUGCUCAGCCACGGCUCCUUUGCCCCGGUUCCAGCUGGGCUGGGGCUCUGCGGCUGCAGUUCCCUGGGGACACUGGGAGAGCGGCCCCGGGGGAGCGGGGCACAGGAGCCACAGAUGGUCUGUGGGGUCCCCAGGCGGCUCUGCCCAAGCACACCCCUCGCCCCCAUGGACAGUGCCAGUGCCUUUCAUCGCUCCCUGUGCUCUCAAGCACGUUUCUCCUUCCCAAAUCCCCUUCACUCCCAGCUGAGCUCCAACGCACAACCCCUCAGAGCCCAACAUCGCGCCUUGUCCGCAUGGCUGCAGCGCUUGCCACGGCUCUCCCGUGCCCAUCCACCCCAGGGAGCACCUGAGGGGGCCGGGGACCUGGGGUCACGCCAGGUGGUCUCUAGACAGCCUGUGUUUGUGUUUCACGUCCUCCCUUCUCCAGGCUGGCUGUCCUCCCCAGCCCCCGGCACAGGUGAGUCCCGGCACAAGCCGAGCGCUCUGGAGCUCCUCGGUCCCAGCACACACAGCAUCUCCGCAUCCUGGGGCAGACAAAGGCUGCAGCGCUGCUCCCCGUCUCUCGGGGCUUGGUUUGGGCUUGAGCACUGGCAGCUCUCAACCGCCCCUCAGGGGUGACCCUGCAGGGGUGUGACAGUCAGACCGCAGGACGACAGUCAGACCGCAGGACGACAGUCAGACCGCAGGGCGACAGUCAGACCGCAGGGCUCGGGAGCCGUCCCUCCAUCAGCUGUGUGACGUCUCUGUCCUUACCGAUUACCGCAGGAUUAGCGCUGCUGCUGAGAUGUCACUCAAGGAAAAGUAGCUGGAGGAGUAUUUCUGGCUGUCUUCCAGCCUUCAUCACUCACUCCUCCUGUCACCUAGUGACAAGGCUGCGUUUCUCGUCUCAGCUUUCCAUGUCGGUGCUCUGCUGUCAUGUUUUUUGCCCCUUGCUGGAAGAAGAGCCUUAUCCCCAGCUCCGGAGUGGCCCUGGCCAGCCCACAGCCCCAUCUCCAUCAGCUCAGCAGAGCUGGGGUGAGAACCCCUUGGAGAGCCCCCAGUGCUCUGUCCUGAGCGAGGUUUUUCCCCAGCAGUCACUGUUUUACCCUGAGCCCAAAGCAAGAGGAUUUAUAUUUUUCAUUUGAUUCACCCCAUAUGAAUUAAACCAAUACUAUUCUUGGGA